ACUCGCUCUCGGUUUGUGCUUCCGUCAAGCCAGGACAUGGCUUUUUGUUCAAUGUGCCGCUAAAAGAAACACUUUCAUCCACUUAAUAUCAGCGCAAUUCUAAAGUUGGUAACAACAAUGUCGCUGUACGAUGACCUCGGCGUGGGUGCAAGUGACACCAAAACCGAAGGAUGGUCCAAAAACUUUAAGCUGCUGCAGUCUCAGCUGAAGGUGAAAAAGGCGGCUCUGACCCAAGCUAAGACCCAUCGGACGAAGCAGACGACCGUUUUGGCUCCUGUCAUCGACCUGAAGCGAGCAGGCCCUAGUGAAGACAGACAAAUCCCAGACACUCCUCCACAUGUCGCUGCUGGACUCAAGGAGGCUGUGCCCAGCGGCUUCUCGUCCGGAGAUGUGCUUAUUCCUCUCGCCGACGAGUACGACCCCAUGUUUCCCAACGACUACGAGAAGGUGAUGAAGCGGCACAGGGAGGACAGACAGCGGCAGAGGGAGCAGGAGCGCCAGAAGGAGAUUGAGGACAGAGAAAAGAAAAGGAAAGACCGGCAUGAAGGAGGCGCGCCAAGCGGCUUCUCGAGAUUCCCAGCAGCAGAGGAGGACUCGGAGGAGGAGGAAGACUAUGAGAAGGAGCGGCGGAAACGAAGUAUGGGUGGUGCUGCUAUUGCGCCGCCUUCAUCACUCAUGGACAAAGAUGGCUCAUCGGCAUACCCGUACGAGGAUGAAGGUCGUCCUACCAGGGGCUCAAAGGCUGCCAUCCCUCCACCAAUGUUUGAGGACUCGGACCGGCCGCGUUCUCCGCCGGGACCAACCAGUUCCUUCCUGGCUAACAUGGGGGGUACCGUGGCACACAAAAUCAUGCAGAAGUACGGCUUCAAGGAGGGCCAGGGCCUGGGCAAGCACGAGCAGGGCCUGAGCACGGCGCUGUCUGUGGAGAAGACGAGCAAAAGAGGCGGCAAGAUCAUCAUCGGGGAUGCUGCGGAAAAACCAGGGGCCAUACCGCCAGCUGCGCCUGAGACUUCUGGAGGAGCAGCGGACUCCAAGAAGUCUGAUGCUAACCCUCUGACAGAGAUUCUCAAAACCCCCACCAAAGUGGUCCUGCUGAGGAACAUGGUGGGCCGAGGAGAGGUGGACGAGGACCUGGAGGGAGAGACCAAAGAAGAGUGCGAGAAAUACGGCAAAGUGAUUAAAUGCGUCAUCUUCGAGAUUGCCGAAGUACCCGAUGAUGAAGCAGUCAGGAUAUUUCUGGAGUUUGAAAGGGUGGAGUCGGCCAUCAAAGCCGUGGUGGAUCUGAACGGACGUUAUUUCGGCGGGCGGGUCGUCAAUGCCUGCUUCUACAGCCAAGACAAAUUUCGGGUUUUUAACCUGGGCGAGUAGAUCAUUCUUUGUCAUGUACAUAUACUCUUUUUUUCCUAUUUUCCUUGUGUGUGUUUUGAGUUACUAUGCAGGUGUUUUUUUUUUUUGUAGUUCUGGGAUGAGAAAUAAUACCUCAUGUCUAAAGAAUAAAGGGUUGAAAUUGA